AUGCAGGCGCUACGGAACCAGAAGCACGGAUGCCCCUCCUGUCAGGCUCCCAAGAAGUACUACUGCGAGGAAUGCACGCGCGCUGUGGGCGACGCGUCGCUCGUCCCCUCAGUCGCGCUGCCGUUCCAGGUUGCGAUAGUUCGCCAUGCGCGGGAGAACAAGAGCAAGAGCACGGCCACACACGUCAGCCUCACCUCCCCCGACGUUGAGAUCUUCACCUACCCUGCCCUCCCUGAAGCAGACGAGGAAGGGGCGGGGGAGGGAGGAGAGGAGGAGGGAGGGAGGAGGGGGACGUACAAGGACUCGCUGCUGCUGUUUCCAAGCAAGGAUGCGGUGGAGGCGAGUGAGAUGAGGUGGGAGGGGAUCAAGAGAGUCUUCGUCAUCGACAGCACGUGGUUGACCACCAACCAGAUCCUGCGAGAUGAAAGAUUCCGCGGCAUGCCACAUGUCAAGAUUGCAGCUGAACAAACAACUUUCUGGAGAUAUCACGCGCAUGGAGAAGCUUUCCUGUCGACCGCUGAGUGUAUCUUUCACCUCCUCCGGCAGUACUCCAUCGCGACUGCUGGAGGUUAUGAUGGGAGAUACGAUCAGCUUCUCUUUUACUAUGCGCAUUUCUACCGUCAGAUUCAACUCCAUUAUCUGCAUCGAUCAGACAGAAGUUUCGUGCACAAGAACAACUACAUUCAUUACGACAAGGCAUCGGAGGAGGAGGCAAAGCUCAAAGCCUUGAGAAAGGAGGAGGGGAUAGCGGAAGACGAACAGGCCGGGAUGGGGAACGAGCAGGACGAGGAUGAGGAGGGGGAGGUGGCGAAGAGGGCGAGCGAUGCGAGGAAUCAGGCUCUGCUGGCUCGAGAGCGAUUCUUCUCUCCCAGCUCCAUACCUACAGAAUUUGCGAUCGCGGAGGUCAUCAAGGUCAGAGAGAAGUGGAGAGCGCUGGUCACUUUCCGUGUUGACAAGCCCAACUGGCCCUCGACCAAGUUUGCUUGUCAAAUCAGAUACAAGGGGAAUGCACAGAAGCAACAGCCUCCCCUGCAACUUGACGCUGCGACGGGAGAGUGGAGAACAUAUUCGCAAGACCUACAUGACGACGAGAAAACAAGAGAGAUGUCAGGCCAUCACUUCGGGGGGCAUCUGGGAAAGAUCAAUGAGGAGGAUCUCCCGCAGAUGAUACAAGUGAGGUUCAGGUCGGAGCCCCUUGGCUGGAGCGAGUGGAGCUCCUCGAUCGAGCUUGAAAGGAACCACUUGCAAGAGUAG